AUGGUUUUCACUCCGCGCAAACGCGCCACGCCCACCAAAACAUUCGACAACACAUGGAACGAGACCGACACUGCAUUCCUCACUCCGAGUGCUCUCCCGGUUUCCAAAGUGCCGCGCGCAUGGGAGCGAAGACAGGAAGUAAAGAGGGUAGGUGGAGGAAGGGAGAAGAAGAUUUGGCGGAGAUUUGAUGUCAGGGCGCGUGCCGACGACACACCACAGGAGUCAGAAGAUGAGGAGGAACAAGAUGCGCGUUCAAGGCCUGUGAAGAGGCGGCAGCACAUGAGUCCCAAGGCUAUGGAGAAGUCCACAAGUAGACUUGGCAAGAAGCGCGCGUUCAAGGCGACGCGCUGGGACAGGAGGAAGAGCGUUCUGCCAAGGAAAAGAGCGACACAAAUUGGAGACUCCGUAAUCAGCGCAAACGACGAAGCACACAGCGAAGAGGAAGAAGAUGAUACUCACAACAUGGAAGGCGAGGACAGCUUUGAGACAAUCGCAGAUGGACAUGAACAGAUGGAGCCUGUAGAAGACGACGGAUCGGCUUUUACGUUUGCAGCGGAGGUGCCGACGGCCGGAGUUUCUGAUCACGAGGGUGUAGGAGACCAACAAGACCCUGGAUUUGCCGAAGACGCGACGAUUGCGAAGCUGUUCCGUUCGCCACUCAAGCAGACGUCGAAUACCUCAGACGCAUCGCCGGAGAAGGUCGAAUACCCAGAGCUACCCCUGAGCGACAGCCCAGAAGUGGAAACGGAAGUGACGACAACGGAUACUGUACUCACUGGAGAAACGAAUAAGGUUAUAGAGGAGACUAAUGCCGAGGAGGUUUCCACGAGGGGAAUCGAAGAGGGAGUUGUGGCCCCGACCCAAGAGGUGGUCAGCGGCAAAAGCAACGAGACAGCGCCUGAAGAGGUGGAGCUAAAGUCAGGGGUACCAGGUGCUGCGACAGAGCUUCAAUAUCCAGCUUUGCCAUUAGAUGAUGCUGCCACUUCACCAACACCAGUGCUUGACGAAGAACUCAAUGAGGACGAGGAUGCUGAGUUAUCUGAAGUGGUCUUGGGCACACUGGCAGGUGGAUUCCAGGACGACGGCAACACAAUGGAAGACGUGUCUAGCUCUCCUGAAGCAAGCGCCCAUGAAGACGAUUUUACGGAAGCCUCUCUGCAGCUGAACAUACAACGAGAGUACCAAGCAGCCGUUGAAGAGCAUGCUCUGAGCCCCAAGAAAGACGCGGCUCCUUCCGAGAUUGAUAUGGCCGACGCACCUGUCGCAUCUACAGACAUUGCUGAUGGAUUGACGUUUUCAUUCACACCAACCAAACCGCAAUCGCCUGCUCCGCGUCGACUGCACUCCCCUCCGCCGCCGCCGCGCCCUGAGUCUGGACCCGACGAUGUUACCAUGACGGCUGCUAUCGACGAUGAUACGGCCAUCCUCAAGGACUUCCUCAACCGUGCUGCCGCAAGCAAAGCUGAGAAGGCUGCCGUUACUACACACAAGAGAGAGUCGUUACAGAAUCGGAGAGACUCAGAUGUGGUCCGCCACGCCUUGGCCUCGCCCCGCAAGGUGCUCGAAGAAAAGGAUCCGAAUUCGCCUUCCAAGCAGCACACUGAAUUGACGCUGGAUCUAUCGCAGAUUCCAACACUAAACAAGCCCGCUGAAACUCUACCAUCGCCUACUCCAGAUGCAGAGGAGACAGAAACUGCAGAAGAGAAGAGCGCACAAGCGGCGAGACGCUCUUCACGGAAGAAGAUCUCACGACUGCCCGCCCCAGGACCGCCCAAAAUUAGCAUCCGUCGUGCCGACGGUAACGAAGUAGUCGUACUCAAGAAGGACGACGCAAAAGUACUGGCUGACAUGACACGAAACAACACACGCAAGAACAAGCAAGGCGCUUUCUGCGUUACCGUCCGGUUGAUGAAGCUUGCAAUGGAUUCAUAUAAUCUGCCCCCUAUUGACGAUGCGGAGAAGGAGCCCAUCGUCGGUAAGAACGUACGCUGGGACGAGACAUUGGCGUACUACCAGGAGAAUCCAGACACUGUCGCAAAUGCUCUAGCUGAAGCAGAGUCAUUAUCCACUCCAGACGAACUGGGAAUGUCAGAUGUUCCUGAGCCAAAGAAGAAGAAGGAGAAGAUCAGCAAAACGUCCACACCCAAGGUACGAAGAGUACGCGGUCUCGGAACAACAAAUGGUACGCCUGGCAAGGGUCUGCUCGCGCCUUCAGAUCUCCUCCCGGAGGCUGUACAAGAAGAAAAAGAAGCAUUGGACAAGCAAGCACCUAAAGCGAAGUCGACCAAAGUCAAGAAGAUGCCCGUUGCGUCUUCAACCUCUACGGGCAUCGACAGCAGUCUGUCUUCCAGUAUAUCCGAUACCAAACUUCCCUCUCUUGACGUGACACCUGUGGGUGUACAGCCAGGAGUUCAACGCAAGAGUCGUCUUGCCGCGCCAAAGAAAGUCGUACUACCGCAGACACCAUCUUCCGCGAAAGCUGGAGACAAGGAGAAUGUAAAUCGGUCCGGUAUCAGCAAUCCUACGCCCAAGAAGGGACUUCCUGCUCCCAAGGUCGUUAUACCCGCUACCGCGAGCGUACCGGCAACUGUGGGCAUGGAGUCUGGGCUGCCGAGGCGGAGAGGAAGAAAGUACUAG